AUGGGAGGGCGAGGUUGGCCCCGUGGUGUCCCGCUAGGGCUGGUGGUGUUGGCGUUGCUGCUGAACGCCGCCGCGCUCUGCCGCGGAGGGGUCACCAGCCGCUUCGUCCGCCUCCAGGAGAAGGCUGUGGAUAUGCCCCUCAACGCCGACGUCUUUCGCAUCCCCCCCGGCUAUAAUGCUCCCCAGCAGGUACCUACAUCUCUCUCUCUCUCUCUCUCUCUCUCUCUCUCUCUUAUGUGAUAGCCUAGUAGGGAGGCAAUCUGAUCUGAUUUGGGGCUCUGGUGGGAAGGUGCACAUCACCCAGGGGGACUACGAAGGGAGGGCGAUCAUUGUCUCCUGGAUCACCCCUGCUCAGCCCGGCUCUAGCGCCGUCCUCUACGGCACAUCCCCGAAGAAGCUCUCUUCCCAGGCUGUGGGCAUCGUCCUCCGCUACAUGUUCCACAACUACACCUCCGGUUUCAUCCACCAUUGCCUCCUAAAGGACCUCGAGGUACACCCCCACCCACCCUCCCUCUUUCUCUCUCCUCUCACUCCCGCCCACUCUAUCUAUCCAUCUUUUUAUGAAUGUAUCAUCUCCCUCCUUUUUCCUUGGGUAUCCCACUCCCUUUCUCUCUCUUGAUGGCCCCGAUCGUCCUCGCCAUCGCAGUACGACACGCAGUACUUCUACAUGGUGGGAAUCGGACAGUCGCCGAGGACCUUCUGGUUCAGGACGCCCCCCAAGGUCGGCCCGGAUGCCCCCUACACCUUCGGCCUCAUCGGAGAUCUCGGCCAGAGCUUCGACUCCAACAAGACCCUCGCCCACUACGAGGCGAACCCUAAGAAGGGCCAGACGGUCCUCUUCGUCGGAGACCUCUCCUACGCCGACACCUAUCCAAAUCAGGACAACGUCAGAUGGGACACCUGGGGCCGCUUCGUCGAGCGCAGCACCGCCUACCAGCCCUGGAUUUGGACCGCCGGCAAUCACGAGAUCCACUUCGCCCCUGAGCUCGUAAUGCUCUUCUCUCUCUCUCUCUCUCUCUCUCUCUCUCUCUCUGAACUCUCUCUCUCUACACACUCUCUCUAAGCACAACGUCUUCUUCCCUGAUCCACAGGGGGAAACCGUCCCGUUCAAGCCGUAUACGUCGAGGUACUUCGUGCCUUAUCAGGCCUCCGGGAGCAUAGCUCCAUUCUGGUACUCCAUCAGGAGGGCCUCAGCUCAUAUCAUCGUUCUGGCCUCGUACUCCGCCUACGGUACGCUGGAGUUUGCUCAAUAGGGAAAGGUGGGGGGCGGAAUAUGCUUGCUAAAUGGGUCUUAGGUGGUUUUUUUCCCUUUCCUUUCAGGGAAGUAUACUCCGCAGUACAAGUGGCUGGAGGAGGAGCUGCCGAGGGUCAACCGGAGCGAGACGCCUUGGCUAAUCGUGCUCAUGCACUCGCCGUGGUACAACAGCUACAAUUACCACUACAUGGAGGGGGAGACGAUGCGGGUGAUGUUCGAGCCGUGGUUCGUCAAGUACAAGGUUGACCUCGUGUUCGCCGGCCAUGUCCACGCCUACGAACGCUCGGUGAGUCCCAUCCCCUCCUCAGCCGUUGACAAUUUUUGAGCUCCAUCAAUCACCCCACUGUCUCGAUUCACUCGAUCCACUCGGUGAGUAAUGUUCCAUUUUAGGAAAAUCGAGUUUCUGUUUUUCUCGUUAGGUCCUCUUCUGCUGAGCUCUGUUCUUCCGUUCAUCUCGUCCCGAUAGAAUUCUAUUCUAGGCAAAAUUAGAAUGUAAAGUUAACCUUUUUCAUGAUAAUGCGAGAAUUUUCCUAAAAGGGGUGUGUACCCAUUUGCCCCAGAGACCUCCUCCCAGUCACUAACUCCUCUUGGCAGACUCUGAUCCUUUCUCCCUCUGACUUUUCAUCUCUCAGCACCGGGUGUCGAACAUCGCCUACAACAUAGUCAACGGGAAGUGCACGCCGGUGCGCGACCAGUCAGCGCCCGUGUACAUCACCAUCGGAGACGGCGGGAACCUGGAAGGGCUCGCCACGAAGUACGUUUUUCUCUUCCUCCUUCGGGGGAGGAUCCGUAUAAUCCCCGUUGACCUUGUUUUCUCCCCACCCUUUGACUUUUAUCUAUUCUUCAUCUCGCAGCAUGACGGAGCCGCAGCCGGGGUACUCCGCUUUCAGAGAGGCAAGCUUCGGCCACGCCGUCCUCGACAUAAAGAACCGGACCCACGCCCACUACGGCUGGCACCGCAACCAGGACGGCGCCGCAGUGGAGGCCGACUCCCUCUGGAUCUACAACAGAGUCUGGAACCCCAAGCCCGAGACCGACUGA